AUGGAGAGGUUCCAGAAAUUCAUUUUACUUCCUUUCAUCUUAACUGCCUCGCUAACAGGUCUUGGCUUUUGUUCUUCUAUUAUAACUGGCCCUACUAAUGCGACCGUCCUUGCUGGUUCAGAAGCCCGGUUUAAUUGUACAGUGUCAUUAAAAUGGGUGAUUCUCAUCUGGUUGUUAAAGGGAAAUCCUGUCCUCACUGUGGUUCCUGAAGGACCUAUUGAAACAUUAAACCGCUUCACCUCUCAAAAUUACACCAUCAGUAAUGGGUUUACCUCCGAGCUGAUCAUCCACGACACACAACUGAGUGACUCUGGUAAAAUAGAGUGCAACACCCAGCAAGCUAACGAGAGCACCUUUGCAUUUCUUUCUGUUCAAGUUAAUGGAUCUUUAUUCAUCAAAAAUAGCACCUUUACAGUAAAAAAGAACGAAACAGUUGAAAUUGUUUGUGAAGCCUUAGGAUGGGCUCCAGCUCCAGACAUUACCUGGAUGACAAAUGACUCUUUCAUAGAUAAGUCGAGGUAUGUUACCAGGCAAAGUCAAGGAUCUAAUGGCCUUCACAAUGCCAUGAGCAUCUUAACUUUGACUCCAACGGACACUGAGAUUUUGACUUGUUUAGCUGAUAUAGAAGCACUCUCUAGCCCUCAGAAUGCAACUAUAACUGUUUUUUUUCUCAACUCUACUCUGGAAAGUGAUUACAGUGAAGACAGCAUAAGCACAUGGGUUAUUGUAGUUGCAGUCGUAUUCUCACUUAUUGGUUUUAUUCUUCUGAUCUUUAUCAUUGGAGUUGUCAUACGCUGCUUCUGCCAAAAGAAGAACGGCUCCACAUAUCAAAAUGAGAUAAGGAAAGCUUCAGCUAAGAAGAAAAAUAGAGGCCAUUUGCAAAACAGCCAGAGAAGUGGUAAUGAAAAUCAUGGAUACAUUCCAGAGGAACCAAAGUACACAGAACCCAUCCCAAGAAUUGUCUCUCUUCCCCCAAUGACUUCCAAGUUUACUGUCCCUGAUCCAGAUUCAUAUGCCGGUUCUGUAUCAAAGGUGCGACCUCAAAGAUGUCCUGAUUAUCCGAUCACCCCGAAGAAAAUUAGAAACGUGACACACGUUUAG